CGAGCGUUGGAUCGACGAAAAAAAAUUAUUUCAGUAUUCUCCGCGUUAUCGUUGAACGUAUUCCAUGAAAGAUUUAGUGAAAAGCCCGAUGUAAGAUGUCAGGGGUCCGGGUUCAAAAAUAUAAAUAAAAAACUUGAGAAUGGAAGAGCUGGUGAGAGGUGGAAAUUAGUACCACAUAAAUACAGCGGGCCAGAAUAUGAUGUUCUCAGUUGUGAGAGCGGGCCCCAAAUAGUUGAUUAUUACCGAGUGCCUCCACAUAAAUUCCUAAAUUACAAAUCCAUUUAUCGAAUCUGUGUUGAAUUUGAAGUAUGUAAAUAUAUUGAAUUACUCAGUAAUCAUGAAUAGUACCGAGAAGUACACGAAGGCAAGUGACAUGCAGCGGAGAGAUGCAUCCGAAGUCAUUGAAGAAUUCUCCGAUGAAAUUGGAAAAAUGCAAGGAAAAUGCAUCGACAUUGGAUGCGGUCCCGGAAAUGUCACCAAAGAGUUGAUUUUACCCAAACUGGGGUGUAACGCUACCAUUGUCGGUGCUGAUAUUUCGGAAGAAAUGCUCAACUUUGCUAGGAAAAAUUACGGAAACGAAGAGCGUAUGUCUUUCAUUCACAUGGACAUUGAAUCCAAGGACUUCUCCAAAGAACAGACGGUAUAUUAUGACAACGCAUUGUCAUUCUACUGUCUCCAUUGGUGCCAAAACAUGAGACGUACUGUUGAAAAUAUUUAUAAACUUCUUCGACCGGGAGGUCGAGGUCUUGUAAUGUUUCUGUCUUACAACAAUGGCUUCGAUGCCUACAUGAAACUCCAGAGAAAUCCCCGCUAUCAGCCCUACAUGCAGGAUGUUGGAAAGUAUAUUCCACCCUAUCACAGCUGCCCGAAUCCGAGGGCAACUAUGAAGAAAACACUGGAGGAGGUUGGCUUCGAGGUACUACACUGCAGUAAUAGAGAGAAAACCUUCGUAUUUGAGAGCUUGGAAAUUCUGCAAAACCACAUUUUAGCGGUGAACCCGUUCUUCAACCGAAUUCCAGAUGAUCUCAAAGACGAGUACAAAGAAGAAGUGACUAAAGAGAUAACCAAAAAUAAAAUUCUAUUUGAAAGCAAUAAUGGUGAGUCAAGCAGCUACAGUGUCCUCGACAGAUAUGGCUUGCUGAUAGCGUAUUUCAGAAAGCCUAACAAUGCCCACUGAAAUGUAGGAAAAAAUUAUUUCUUACUCCCUAGCUUUAUCAUUCGCACUGGGAUAGGAUUUUUCGAUUAGCAAAAAAUGAUCGAUCGUGCUAUUCGGAUCGGCUGGAUCCAUUCAUCAUCGAUCCGUGAAAAUGAAUUUUUUUAAUCCAGUAUCAGAUCUAAAACAAUCAAUCGUUAAAGAAUCGAUGCUGAAUCGAAAAAUCCGUACCCUACGAGCCAGGAAACGAAUUCAUCAUUCUCAUCUCCAAAAAUAUUUUUUUUUUAUAUUUUGAGUAAAUUCUAUAUGACUUUAUGCAAUGUUAUUUGUUAAGUAUAAAUGAGAAUAUUGAUUGAAUAAAUUGAACAUUUAAUAAUGAGACUCGAUUGUUAAUUUUCUUAAUUACGAAUAUUAUGACGAAAUAAUUGUAUUUCCAACGUGAAUUAGUGUUUAAAGGGUAAUUACUCUUUAAUAUAUAAUUAAGGGUAAGUUUUGAUAUGGAAUAAUUGAGUAUUAAAUAAUAGUAGUUAUAGAGUGCAAAUAAUGUAACUUGUUCAGUCCACAGUGUUGAGGUCUCGGUGUUAAGAUGAACUUUCCCGCAGGACGAGAAGUUUUUGUCGGUAAAAUGAUUAAUUAUUAUUUUGCAAAUAGCUCGAGGGGAGAGCUGCCGAAGGCGGAAAAACAGGGUACCCUCACCGAGAAAAAACCUCUGUCGGUAAAUCAUAUCAAUCAAAACGCGUGUUGAGUCGAUAAUAAAUUUUUCUUCCUUUCCCAAUAAUUUAAAAAUCAAAUUUUUCACUCCCACGAUUUAAUUCCACUUGCGUGCAGGCAAGUGUCCAAUAAAUUCAAGAAUUGCACAAAAAUUCUGGAAGACUCAUCAACCGUAAAAUAAAUCUUUUAAACAAUACUAUUUGCCUGGAGCAAAAUGGCGGAUGCCCGAACGUGCUUCUGGUUUUUCCGUUGAGCAAUUAGAAACAUAAUGACUCAUUAUUUAAAAAUCAAAUGAUAAAAGUGUAAAAAAAAUCAUUUUUUUGAAAAUUCAAACUGAUUU